UUUCCCCGUGGAGGGAGUCGGGACUCCACCUGCUGCCACCUGUUCAUCCCCUCCGCCCUAUAAAAGCCGCAGCAGCUCCGACUCAUCACACUUUCUGGAGCUAUUAGCUCAAAAUCCAGCGUGGAACUGGAACUGGUUUUGCCUUUGAAUCAUGAAAUCCCGUCCAAGUCCCAGCUGCAGCGACUCCGGAUCCGAAUCCUCGGAGCCGGAUUCGAAGGCUCCGGAGAAAUUCGAGCCCGCCACCCGGCGGCGGAUGGCGGCCAACGCCCGGGAGAGGAAGAGGAUGCAGGGGCUGAACACGGCCUUCGACCGCCUGCGGAAGGUGGUCCCGCAGUGGGGCCAGGACAAGAAACUGUCCAAGUAUGAAACCCUGCAAAUGGCUCUCAGCUACAUCGUGGCCCUCAACAGGAUCCUGACAGACACCCGGAGGCCCGCGGCCCCCCACCGGCAGUGGCUGGACCUGCAGCUGGAUGUCAUGCAACCGGAAAGUUACUCAUGCCUGAUGAGGUACGAGCAUCCGGCAGGACAGGAGUACGUCCACUCGUCCUUUCCUUAUGAAUUCGACGGCCAUCACGUCCAUGCGUAACGCUACCGGCGCUGUGCGGAGGGGGCGCCAUAAAAAAAAAGGUGUAAAAAUGGUUUCAAGUCAGCAUUUUUUUGGUUUGUAACAGCUCUUUGUUCAUCAAAAAUUAUGUUUUCUGUAACAGAGGCACGCCUAUUUAGUUUCAGAAAGUACCAAGUUCUGCCUCUGAAAGUCGGCCAUGUUGUUGGACAAUGUGAGGGUCUUCCUUCCAGGUAGUAAAUACCUUCGUAUUGUUUCUGUUCUGCAUUUAUUUUGCAGUUCAUUAAGCCUCAAAGAGGCUUCUGUUUUUUGGAAAUUUUUUGCAUAUUUUUUUGAUAGAAAAGGUUCUGUUGUGCAAGUUCUGUAUAUCAUUAAUGUAACAUGGGGAUGUUUUUUUAAACAACUCUGGGAAAAAAGCAAUGUGGUGCAAUCUGCGAUAAAUUGUAAGACAAUCUUUGUGAGAAUUAAGAUGGCAUGUUUGUAGAGUUUAAAUAUAGAUUUUAUU